GGCCGCAUUGUUGUAUCGCACGACCAAAACUCCCAGCCUGAGUUACCAGCUUUUAUUUAAACAAUACAAGACCGGACUCAGAUUUCAGCUCUUGUUACCUGAGACUCAUCAGCAAUUUCAGCAAAAACUGUGUAACGAUCCAACAAAAUGAAGUACAGAAUCCGAAGGAGGACAGAGAGCUAUCGACCGUGUGCCACUCCGGUAUAUAACAGGGAUGUGGAAGACGUGGCAGGCCGUGUUGAUGCGAAAAGCAUCCCGGACACACAUGCGGGUAGCGGCCUCCGCUUUGAGAUCAUUGCAUCACCUACACAAACGCUAUGCUACCGUGACUGUACCAACCAUAAUAUUUUGAGGAACUCUCGGACAUGGCUUGUUUAUUUCUUUCUCUCUUGCCUUCUGAUUUUGGGAGUCUCUGAGGCCCACCCGGCGGCCAAGAGACUGCACGAUGAUUUGCUUAGUGAUUACAACCGCCUCAUCAGACCAGUUGGCAAUCAUUCACAUAAAGUCACUGUACAUUUGGGCCUCAAACUGUCACAGCUCAUCGAUAUUAAUUUGAAGCAUCAAGUGAUGACAACGAAUGUUUGGGUAGAACAGACAUGGCACGAUUACAAAUUAAAGUGGGACCCCAGCCACUAUGGCGGUGUAGAAAUGAUUCAUGUUCCAGCGGAACACAUAUGGCUACCAGAUAUUGUGUUGUUCAAUAAUGCAGACGGAAACUAUGAAGUGACACUCAUGACGAAAGCAACUGUAUAUUACUCCGGGGAAAUUGUAUGGAAACCUCCUGCUUUGUAUAAAAGUACUUGCGAAAUCGAUGUGGAAUAUUUUCCUUUCGAUGAACAAUCUUGUCUGAUGAAGUUUGGAUCCUGGACCUACGAUGGAUAUGAGGUAGAUUUACGUCAUGUAAAGCAAGAAGAAGGGUCUAGCUUAGUUCCAUUGGGUAUAGAUAUGAGCGAGUUCUACAAAAGCGUAGAGUGGGACAUACUGUUGGUGCCUGCAAAAUACAACGAAGAAUAUUACGACUGCUGUGUAGAACCUUAUCCAGAUAUCACAUUUAAUAUAACAAUGAGACGAAAGACUCUAUUCUAUACAGUCAACCUCAUCAUUCCUUGUGUUGGAAUUUCCUUUCUUACAGUGCUUGUCUUUUAUCUGCCUUCUGAUAGUGGUGAGAAAGUUACGCUUUGUAUUUCUAUACUUGUGUCUUUGACUGUAUUCUUUUUGCUGUUGGCAGAGAUCAUACCACCCACCUCCCUUGCUGUCCCACUUCUAGGGAAAUAUCUACUCUUUACAAUGAUCUUAGUGACAUUAUCCAUAUCUGUGACUGUUGGGGUAUUAAAUGUCCACUUCAGGUCACCAUCUACCCAUGAAAUGUCACCAUGGGUAAAGCGGGUGUUUAUACACAUAAUGCCUCGUUUAUUGCUCAUGCGUAGACCUUUGUAUGCAUCUGAUGACGAGUUGACUGAGCCACCAAAAUUUUCAGUGCGAGGUUGUAACGGCGUCGAAUUGAGAAGGCAGGCAGAAGAAGGGAAUGGUCCGCAACUGGUGGCUCCUCUGGAUAGUCUUCAUGUAGGAUUUGGAAGAACCUGUGAACCACAAGAUAUCGCUGUCGAAGAAGCAAUGAUGAUGGGAAAUGGAACUUCACGCUACAAACCAUACACUCCAGAAACUCAGAAAGCUAUUGAAAGUAUUCUCUUCAUUGCAGAACACAUCAGAAAAGAAGAUGAAGAAGAAAGUGUUGUCGAAGACUGGAAGUAUGUAGCUAUGGUUCUGGACCGUCUCUUCCUUUGGAUCUUCACCAUAGCUUCUCUCGUCGGGACUUGCGGAAUUCUACUACAGGCACCUUCGCUGUAUGAUGAUAGGAUCCCUAUCGAAGGUUUUCACGUUGCAUGAUUCAAUCAUCCUAGUUCGAGCUAAAUCAAUUAAUAUUAUUUAUUUUUAUCCCUUUCCUUGCUCCUGUCGGCCCUUACUUGGCAGCUAAGCCACGUCCAAUUUGGACACGUAGAUAUGUAGACGAGUAGAAAACACGAAAUUGUUACUUAACUUGCAACAUAAGGAGUAAUCGAUUUUCACAGUCGUUGCACUAUUAAGCUAUAAAGCAAAAUGGCGGAUGACCUUUUUUAGUUCUUAUAAAUUUGCUCACAUGGAAAUACACUAGUUAGAUGAGAUUAUAAUGCCACCAUGUUCCUUUUGUAAAUAUUUUAUUAAGUACUAUAAACUCAACUCCUGAUUAACAAGGGCUGGAUUAAAAACAUAGCGAAUUAAUCAUCUUUGUCUAAAACAAAAGCUUAUUUAUGGCAAAUGAUAAAAAAAAUAUUUUUCUCAGCAAAGCAAAACUGUCUACCGAAAAUUUAAAAAAGAAAAAAAAAAAAAAAAGUUGGGAAGAAAAAUUACCUGAAUAUCAGCAGUGAUAGUCGAUGAUGUUAAUUCUGUCAAGGAACAAAAUGUUCUAGCCGACAGUCAUGCGAGUAUGAGAUUAAUAACAUUGCUCAAAGUCUUUUUGAAUGUUGCUUUCUACUUCUAUAACAAUUUUUUGAAUACUCAUUUAACUUACGCAUUUAAAUAAACUUAUGACUGAGAUUAGGCUGUUUAAAAUAAAGAAUAGAUGUGCAAUACACAUACAUAUAUUUUCCCUUUAAUUACAAUGCAGAUUAAUCGUUUUCUUUUGGUAUUUUCUUAACUGGUCUAAAUCUAACUCAGAACCACGAAUUAACCAUGAUUUUGAUUUAGCUGAAUGUAAUCCACGAUAUUAGCUCGGUGAAUCGGGAGUUGACUAUAGAAUAUUCGAAAACUUAAAGCAUCACUCUACAUGAAAUUUUGUUUCUUAUAUUUGGAUAUCGAUUAUUUUUUUCACUUCAAUAUGCAUCUGCAGAUCAAAUUUCUUUUGCGUUAUAACACAUAUAUUACUUGACACCUAAUACUAAGAUUCGUCUUCCACAACGUCUUAAGAUAGAAAACAAAUAUAUUUUUCAGUGUGUGAAUUCGAUAAUAACUGCAAUGAUUAUAUUCCAUAUAAAGGUGCUCACAAUUUUAACAAAUGGCAUUUAUUUCUAAGUGGUAGAUAUGCUUAAGUAAAUUUAAAAAAAAAAAAAAAACUAAUACAAUACUUUAAGCUCAGUGCACAAAAGGGAUCUUUUUAUUUAUUAUUAUUGUUACGGUUCACAAUUUAGAAAUUUACUUUCUUAUUAUUUAAACAAAUUGCUUUAAAAAUGUACAUACUAUUCAAAGAAUAAAAUUGCUUGUAAUUGUCUUUAUUUAACAGAUAGAUUAUCUUUAAUGAUGCACUAAUGGGCGAAUAGAUACGAUUAAAAAGUAAAUACGAUUAAAUACGAAAGAAUACGAUUAAAAAGUAAGCUAAAUUACUUUCGAAACAGAAAAGAAUCCAAAAUUUCUAUUCAAGUAAGCACUGCGCAUUGUUAGAUGCAAUUUAAAAAUAUUUUUUUAUUUCUUUAAUUUAAUAAUAAUUGAUAAUAAGUCAUAAUAAAUAUAAUUUCAAUUUAAAAAUAAAUUUAAAGUUUUUAACUCAUUAAAAAAAACCACACAUGGUUUGUGUUUCUUACUAUGUAAAGUAUUAAAAAAUCUGAUUCAAAGAUUACUUCAAUUUUUUUUUCAUUACGAAGAGGGAAAAGUUUUAGCUCCUUCGAAGAUUAUUUCUUCGAUGUAAAUAGUAUAAAUUUUACAAUGAGGUGAAAAAUAUUUUUCAACAGUGCUUCUAAUCUUUUUUAAAACACAAAGGGAAGCUCUUUAAAUAUGAUCACAUUUGUUAGUAUCUCCUGAACAAAAAAGAAUUGGCAUAAUUUAGCUGUUUGAGACCAUAUCUUAAUAUGUAAGUUUUGGAAACACUUGUUAUAACACAAAAAUAAACGCUCAUUAUCUGUAAUAAUAAUAAACACUUAUUAUCUGUAUACUGGUAACUGUGUAACUUAAUUUUUACAUUACUGUAAAAUACACGAUGUUCCGUUUACAAGAUUAAAAAAAGAGAUCCAUGUGCAAGCUCAGCUUUACAUUCUCUCGGCUCUACAGCUUACAGCUUUUCAGCUCUCUCAACUGAGUUGUUAGUGACAUACAUUUUUCAUACCUAAACAUUAUGUAAAAUGCAUUCCAGACGUGAAAUAUCUAAAGCAUUUUAAAUGUCUAAUGCCCAUAAACGCUCGUCCUAUCAGUGGUGUGGCAAAUAAUUGAAUUUUAGUAUGUCUUAAUUUCCCGCACUGAGAAGCAAUCGUAGUCUUAAAUGAGUAUUGCACAGCUUUUCGUGUGCAUAUCUACAUGAUUACGAACCAAUAUAGUUUAGAUCCGCUUUCUCAAAAGCUACAAUUCAAGACUGUUUAUCUUGAACAACUUAUUACAGUGAAUUCACUCGCCAAGGAAAAUCAAAACAUUAUUUCCUUAAUGUCUGAGACUAACGUGAACUUUUGCCUUAUUCUUUUAAGGUGUCAGGAUAUAUCCAUGAAAGUUCCGAGUUCGAGCCGCGGUACUAGCAAAGCAGUAAUCAACACUGAUCUCCAUUUGUGCCAUUUAUUGGAAAGCAUUGUUAUUAAAAAAAUCUAAUAAAGCUUCUAGUUUCAAUAAAAGACUCAAUAAAUAAAAAAGCUGCAUUAAAAGUUUAUAAUUACCAGAUACAUAUUGCGUCAUUAAAAAACAUAGAUCAUAGUGCAACAAUAAAUGAACCUCCACUGUACAAUUAAUAACAAUUCCAAGCCAUAUAUGAAAUGGCAUUAAUGAUGUUGAACACCAUCCUCAAAGGGUCUCAUCUUGUUAGAAUAUUACUUCGAAUAGCAGAUAAGGAUUCUGUGUAUUUCUAUAUCAUGAUCUUGCUGUAGGUAAACGUAAUUAGGCGGUUUUAAAUUAUAAAUUUGCUUACAAAGUGCCAUUUAGAGCCAGUAUUUUGUAUCUUAACGAUUGGUUUCCUUGUGUCUCAACAAGUGAUUUGUAUCUUAAUGGUUUCUUUUUCUACCUUACGAGUAAAAUUUUUAAGCGGAACACCCUGUAUUUGCAGAUAUGUAUACGUUAUUGCAUAAAUAGGUCAGUAUAUUAAAGCAUUGAAGAAGAUGUAGUACCAAGAAAUUAUUUCUACAGAUAUAUUAUUUUCUGUUAUCCAAAUUACUUCACUUAUCUUGUGAACUGUUUUUUAAAAAACGAUCAAAUAAAAAUCUCAUCUUUUCACAAGUUCCGUGUUUUGGAUGAUUGCUGAAACAAAUAAUUCUACUAUCUCAUCUACUUUGCAAUUUAUACAGUGUUUGUUCAUAUAAAUUUGUGAUGUACUAAACAGUAUUAAACUGAUAAAAAUGCUGAAAUUGGUGUCUAACUGUAAAUAGAAUGUUUUUAUAAGAAUUUUUGGAUUUCUUUCGAUUAAUAUAAAUUUCAAUGAGACAGUGAAGACGGAGUUUAAACGUAAUUACAAAAUAUCUUCAAUUAAUUUGCAGAGUUACUAAUGCAAAAUAUUUUAUAUAGCUUACAGAUAUCCUUCGACUAGUACCACUAAUACGUUAUUGUGAUUAUAUAUAUAUAUAAGAAAUGUAGCAAUAGGCUAAAAAUUAAAAACAAAAUUUUUAAAUAUUCCUGUGCUAUAGCUUCAGCUUAUACUUAAAUCGUCUAAAGUUAAAAUUAAAUUGGAAUCAAAACAAGACAAAUCCCCAUCAAUAUUAAUAAUUGCAA